AUGGCCGAAUCAUUGGAGACUCAAAUAGGAGAUGCAGAUGAUCUUGAAGACAGACUCAGCGUAAUGGAAUCAGUCGUAGAACAGAUGAAAGCCCAAUCUAUCACACGAGCACAACUUGAAGUUUUACUUAACCAAUACAUAAUUCUUGAGGAUUCUAUACUGCUAGGUCUUCAAUCUCUCGCAAAAACUGCUGACGACCCUUCAGUCCAACAGCAAAUCACAAACUGUGCGGAGAAAUUUAACGAAUAUGGCUCAGAUUACCAAGACACAUGAAGUGAGGAGUUUUGGAGCAUUUACGAACUAAUUCGUGAAGGAUACCAAAAAUCAGGGAAGAAAAAGACAGGUGCUGAAAUUGCAAAUCAAAUUGCAGACGUCCAAGAAAUCGCUUUGACGCUAAAUAGAAUAUCUAGAGGAGGAACAGUAGAAGGGUCAGGGAAAAAAGUCCUUGAAGAAGUAGAUGAGCUGUCAAAGAAAUAUAAAUCAAGCACAAUUAUUGUUCAAGAAAAAGAAGAAGAGCCUAAGCAGCAGCAAAAAUGUGUAAACAAGUGUGCAGUCAUGUAA